UCUCUUUCCCCGCCCUCGGCAUCCCUCCCUGUUCUCUCUUGCCAAGAGCCCGAUCCUGAGAGGUGGGGGAAGCAGCAGUCGCAGUCGCAGCCGCAGCCGCAGCCAUGCAUUCCCUCCGGGCUGUGCCCAGGAUCCUGCAGUCUCGUGAGACCCAUUGCUGGUGGCAAAGAGGGGCGGGACACCGGCUGGAGAUAGUGGUAGUGCCCGUGGGCUUCGGUAGAGCCCGCUACUCCUCGGCUCCAGGCAGAGAGGCGGUGAUGAUGAUGAAUGGCCGCCACCAACUGUCGCAGCAGCACCUCACCGACCAGGAUCUGUCGGAGAAUGGAAUGUUGCCACGUCUUAGUGAUCUUCUCUUCUACACGGUUGCUGAGGGACAGGAGUGCAUUUCCAUUCAUAAAUUCACCAGUGCCUUGGAAGGUACUGGCCUUUGGACCUCAGAUCCACGCCUGCGUGACUGCAUGAACCUGAUGCAAAAGGCAGCACAAGAUCCCAGUGCUGGUGGGGUACUGAACCGGGAACUUUUCCGUAGGUGUGUGAGCAGCAAUAUUGUCCUCCUGACCCAGGCCUUCCGGAAGAAAUUUGUCAUUCCUGAUUUCCAGGAGUUCACAACUCAUAUGGAGAAGAUUUUUGAGAGCACCAGAGGACUCCGGGAAGGCAAGGUGGCAAAUUACAUCCCACAGUUGGCAAAGUGUAACCCAGACAUCUGGGGAGUAUCUCUUUGCACAGUAGACGGACAACGGCAUUCCAUGGGCCACACCAAGACACCAUUCUGCCUCCAGUCAUGUGUCAAACCCCUGAAAUAUGCUGUUGCUGUUAAUGAACUAGGUACCAAGCGAGUGCAUCAGUAUGUCGGCAAAGAGCCCAGCGGGUUGCGUUACGACAAGCUCUCUCUCAAUGAGGAAGGGAUUCCCCACAACCCGAUGGUUAAUGCAGGGGCCAUUGUCAUCAGCUCUCUCGUCAAGAUGGGCUGCAAGAAAGCUGAGAAGUUUGACUAUGUAGUGGAUUAUUUGAAGAAGAUGGCAGGAAAUGAGUACGUGGGAUUCAGCAACACCACGUUUCAAUCAGAAAAAGAAACGGGGGACCGGAAUUAUGCCAUUGGGUACUAUCUCAAAGAUAAAAAGUGUUUUCCUCGUGGUGUGGACAUGAUGUCAGCCCUUGACUUGUACUUCCAGCUGUGCUCUGUGGAAGUGACCUGCGAGUCUGGCAGCGUCAUGGCAGCCACCCUGGCCAAUGGCGGCAUCUGUCCUAUCACCGGCGAGUAUGUGCUGAGCGAUGAAGCUGUCCGCAACACCCUCAGCCUCAUGCAUUCCUGUGGCAUGUAUGACUUCUCCGGGCAGUUUGCCUUCCAUGUGGGUCUACCUGCCAAAUCUGCAGUCUCUGGAGCCAUCCUGCUAGUGGUGCCCAAUGUCAUGGGAGUCAUGUGUCUCUCCCCUCCUCUAGAUAAAGGUGGCAACAGCACCCGAGGGAUAGGAUUUUGCCAGGAACUGGUCUCCUUGUUCAACUUUCACAACUAUGACAAUUUGCUGCACUGUACCCGCAAGAUGGACCCACGCCGUGAAGGAGAUGAAGUUCGAAACAAGACUGUUGUAAACCUGCUGUUUGCUGCCCACAGUGGUGAUGUAUCUGCCCUUCGGAGAUUUGCUUUGUCAGCCAUGGAUAUGGAGCAGAAAGACUACGAUUCCCGCACAGCUCUCCAUGUUGCUGCAGCUGAAGGACAUCUGGAAGUCGUGAAGUUUCUGGUGGAGGCCUGCAGAGUCAAUCCCUUUGUCAAAGACAGGUGGGGGAACAUUGCCUUGGAUGAUGCUAUCCAGUUUAAUCAUCUGGAGGUGGUGAAGCUGCUCCAGGAUUACCAAGACACCUAUGUACUAGGACCUCGGCAGGAUGAGGAAGCAGCUGAAGAUCUUUCCAAGGAGAACUUAGAAAGCAUGGUGUGAGAAUGACAGAGAUACCAUAGAAGAUUUUUGCAUUGGCUGCAUAUUCUCAAAAAAUACACAAUUGUCACUUGUCUUUUCUUGAGAGGGAACAAGCAGAACGGUAGACUUUCUGGCACGAAGUAUAUCUCAAGUAUACAUAGACUUGAGGCAGGAAGUAUAUCAUUUUGUUGAGCCUCUCUUCUGUUGAACAAUGUGCAGUGUUUCUCACACACACACUCCAUCAAUGUAGGGCCUUCUUGUUUGUUCCAUAGACAAGCUUGGUGUGUGGUGACAC